CGUGAACUUUCGCUGUGACCUCGCCCAGCGUUCGUGUGUACUUUGUAGUCAGCUGCUCAGUGCACCGUGCAGAUGACCCAGACUACGAAGGAGAAUACCAUGCGGUGCCGCCUCCGCGGAUGGCCCGGCUCGAGGCGCGAGAGGGUGUUGUGCCUUCAGCUGGUGGCAGAGCGGACGCCCGGCCGGAGGUCGCCUGCCUGGUCAAGGUAUCGGUCGCGCGCGCGCGAGCAGGCCCAGCGGGAGCGUCGGGCUUCAGGAAAGAGGGCAUUCGCACAUUGUUCGAGCGCCUCAUGGGCAGGACAGGUUACAGGCGAAGGACGUUCGGGCACGUCGACCGCGGUCACACCCACCACGCACUCGCACCGCGUACCGCUCAUCACGUGCGUGUCGUGCGCUUGCAGGGCUGCCACGCGGACCUGACCACCAGCAAGGCAUACUACCGGCGGUUCCGAAUUUGUGAGGCGCACAUGAAGUCUAUGUCCCUUUCGAUCGAGGGCCGCUCCUGCCGCUUCUGCCAGCAGUGCGGCAAAUUCCACCUGGUGGAGGAGUUUGACGGCGCAAACAGGAACUGUCGCAAGGCGCUGAUGAUUCGCUUUUACAAGCGGCGCAACAUGCCGCUCGGGGGGAUGCAGGCGAGUCUGGAACGGAACGAUCCGGCUGCUGGCAUGGGUGAUCCGGUGGAGGUACGUGUGGAGCCGCGGAAGCGCGGGCGGCCACGGGCUCCGCGGCCCAACAUUACGGAGGACGACCCCGGCGCAGCGGCGCUAGCAGCUGGAGGCGGCUUGCCGCCGCCGGGGCUUGUGGGCAGCAACGCGGCCGCUCGGGCCGCGGCGGCGGCGGGCUUCGAUUCCGGUCUGCAAGCGGCAUACAUCGCCGCCUCUCGCGGGUAUCAGGGCUCCAGCGGUGUAGGCGUGACGCCGGCUACAGCCAUCGGGCCGCCCGGCUACAGCCAAGGUGGCGUGCGCAUGGCCGGCAUCCAGGUUCAGUCAGGCAACUAUGACAACAACAACAAUAAUGACGGCGAUGACGACUCUGACGCCGCCCCGCCCCGCCAGCGCCGCAGCAAAGGCGCGUCAGCAGCGCGCAGGGCCUCCCCGGGGUCCAGCGGGGCGGCAGGCAGUGGUGGCUUAGAUUUGAAUGGUGGGCAGCAGCUGGACGGCCUAAACGCGCUCGGCGGCGGCCUGCCGCCGCUGGGCGACGGGCUCAGCGGCGCGGGCCUAGGGGCCGGGAGCUUCGACGUUCUGGGCGGCGGCGGGCCGCUGGAAGGCUUGCCGGGGUUGCCCGGCAGAACACACGGCGGCGGCUUGGGCUGGCGCAGCGGCGCGCUGGGAUCCGCCGGGCAUCAGGUUGGCGGCCUGGGGCUGGUCGACGGCGGCCUCGGAUUGGGUGGUGGCGGCGGCUUGAGGCUGGGCGAUCUGGGUCUUCCUCUGCCAUUACCGGGCAUUGGCGGCGGCCGCGGCGGGGGCGCCGGGCUGGGGGCGCUUAGUGGGCUGGGGUUACGCGGCGGUGGACUGCUGGACGCUGCUGGGCACGGUGUUGGCGGGGCAGGGGCCGGCGGUCUGCUGCUUGAUGCCCUUGGCGGCGCGGGCAGGCUGCUGGCGCAAGCGGGGCAGCCCAUGCGGCUGGUGCUGCAGCCGCAGCUGGAUGGCAGCAGGCGCGGCGGCGGCAGCGGCAACCAGUCGGUGGGCUGCAGCUCUAGCCACAGCCAGCAUGAGCAGUUGCAGGACGACUCCUCAGGGCUCGUCGGGCCGCUGAGCCGUGCCGCCGGGGCGACGCGCGGUGUCGGGCUGGUCGGCCAGCAACAACAGCAAGGCGCCACCUCGCGUGAUGCCGCUGCCGAGGCUCUUGCCGCGCUGGCGGCCUCCGGGCAGCUAGAUGUGCAGAUGCUACUGGCGGCUGUGGCGGCAAGCGGCGGCACCGCCAGCGAGCAGCAGGCAGUGCUGGUUGCGCUGCUGGCCAAGCUUCCUGGCGGCGCUGAGUUGCUGGGUUCUGCUGGGCUGCAACCGAGACAGGAGCAGGAUCUCGAGGCAGGAAACCCCGAGCGGCCCCUGCCUGCGGGCUUGCAGCGGCUGGCAGGGCGCGAUGGGCUGGGCGGCGGCCGGGCCGGGCUGCUGCCGUUGGCCCUGGCGCAAGACCACGAGGGGGUUGGCAAUCUAGGGAUGGGACGCCUGAGCAACGGGACUGGUGGUGGCGGCGGCCGCCCGCUGCCGGCUCUGGACGUAAGCGGUGCUGUGCGGCCGCUUGGCGGUGGGCUGGGCGGGCUGGGGCGCGGCCGCAGCGUUGGGCUGGACAUGGGUGCAGUCGGCGCAGCUGCUGCAGCUGGAGGAGGCAGUGGCGGCAGCGGCAGGCCCGCUGUAACGCCACUAGGCACAGGCCUGCUUGGGACUGCACGCGGUCGCAAUGCCAACCCUGACAUGGACUUUCCCCUGCGCCUAGAUGACGGUCUGCCGGCAACGCUUGUCGGCAUUGGCCGCCUCGCGGCUCCGGGCGCGGGUGACGGCGCGGGACCGCUGGCGGAGGAUGAUGUGUGUGCCGGCGGCGGCGGCAUGGGCGAGCUGUCCCUGGCGGACCUGCUGGGGCAGAUGAGCAUCCCGCAGCAGCUGGAGUUGUUGAUGGGGCUGCCGCAGCAGCAGAUGACGGAGGUGCUCAAGCAGCUGCCGCACACGCAGCAGGUGGAGCUGCUGCUGGCGCUGCAGGAGGACCGCCAGAACCGCGUGAUGGCCGAGCGGCAGCAGCAGCAGCAGCAGCAACAACAGCCGCAACAACAGCAGCAACAACAGCAGCAACGGCAGCAGCAACGGCAGAUAGGCGCGGGCGGCCCGCAGCCGCAGGUACUUAUGCUGGGAGCGCAGGGCCUCCGCGCGGCGGAGAUUGGCGGCAGCGGCGGCGGUCUGGGGCCGCGGGCGCUGAAGUUGGACCCGGAAGACGUCCCCGGCAGAGUUGGUCUCCUGGAGUCCCUGGCAGCCGGCGCGCGCCUGAACCUUGCGCCGCUUGGCAGGGCGGCGGGGGCUCGUGGUGGGGCACUCGAGGGUACUGAGGAUGAGAAGGCAGGCCUGACGCGGCUGCAGCAUCAGGUUAGCGGCAAGGGGUUUGGCGCGGCCCAUGCGGCGGCGCAGUCGCUGGCAGCUGGCACAGCCUACGCGGCGGCAGGCGAGGCAAGCAAUAUGCAGACCACUCCGGGCCGUCUGCAGCCGCCACCAGACGGCGCUGACCGACGAGGUAACAGCGGCGAGGCGGUCAAGCUGGAGGUCCCGGAGCGCGCUGCCAAAGCGUUUAACAGCGCUAAGGCCAGCAGCAGCCCAGGCAACACAGCGUCAGGAGCUACAGAGCAGCAGCAGCGGCAGCCGGCUGUCAAGCAACAGGAGGAGGAGCAGCCGCAGUCCGAAGGUAACAACGCCGCUGGGGAGGCGUCAGGCCGCGGCGGUGACAGGGACGGUGGCAACACUGGCGGCGCUGCGCUUGAUGGUUGUGGCGACGCAGCUGCUGCCGCCAACACUGCGGAGGUUGCUGCCGCCGGAGAUGCCGCAGAUGUUGCAGAUGCUGCCCAUGACGCGGCGUAUAGUUGCGAGGAGGCUCUGGAGCGCCUGAGCCUCAAGCUGCAUGGGGUGCGGCCGGAUGAGCUCGCGCCCGACGUGGCGCAGCGCAUGCACAAGUGGCUGGAGAGCAUGGACGCCGUCACACUACAGGGCACGCUGCGUUCCGGCUGCGUGAACCUGGUCUUUGACGUCAGCUACCGCCAGCCACCCGCAGCCACCGACGCAGCCACUCGCAGCACUCUGACGACCUCGGACGCAGCCGGGCACCGGCGCGCCUGGGCAUACAGGCUUGCGGCUGCAGCCAUUGCGUCUUCCCUGGGGCUAGAGCUGCCGGCGCCAUUUGCUGCGGGAGGAGGGCGGCAGCGGGGUGACGAGGCCACGGAGGGUGGGCAGUGGUGCGGCCUGUGCCUGCAGGCCGCAGCCUUGGCGGCUGCCCGCGGCAUCCGGGUGCAAGUGCAGGUUGGAAAUGCGGUCGUGUAUCCGCCCCACGCGAAGCAGACGCCACUGGCGGAGCAGCAGCAGCCGGCGACUGCGGAGGUGCACGAGUUAGCACCGCUGGCAAUCGUGCAGGGCGAUCAUCACGCCGUGGCGAUCAUGUCCGGCCGCGGUUUGAACGACCCAUCCGCACGCCUGCACGUGCGCCUCAAUGGCCGCCGCCUUGGAGCACUGGUGCAGCCGCAGCAGGAGCAGCAGCUGCCGCCCACUGACGCUGAUAGCAAGACGGGGGCGGUGUGCAGCGCCGCGGCGGGUAACUACCCAAUGCAAGGUCCCAGCGCGCAAGAGCAGGAGCAGCAGCGCUGCGGCGAGGAGUGCGCUCUGGUCUUCCUGGACGCACCCGGUCAAGCGGGCCUGGCGGUGCUGGAGUGGGAGGCGGGCGGCGGCGCGGGGGUGCUGGGCGACUGGUGGCCACUGGUGGUGGCGCCUGAUGCGCAGGUGGCGGCCGAGGUCAACGCGCUGGCUUUGAAUUCAGACAUCGCCUCUGGCAGGGGCACCGAGUGGCUGCGCCGGUUGCUCGUGGACGUGGGGCUCGUGAUUGACGCCGCGCACAACUCGCCGGCCGGUGGGCUACAUGCCGGCCUGGAGCCGGGUGUGCUGGAGCGCCUUGUGUGCCGCGCGCGCUGCGUUGUGCCGUUCUGCGAGGCGCGGAUGAUGCCGCACACAGCGGCUGUCGCAAGGGCAUUCCUGGCCGCGGCGGCAGCGGAGACAGAGACAGAGGCAGAUGCAGGCAUUGCGGCCGUCAGCAAAUUACCGUCGCGGGCGUCCUGGUCGCUGUCAUCUUCAGCAUGUGGCUCUGAUUUCGACUACUCAGACUCUGAACAGAAGCAAGAGGACCAUAUGGACAGCAGUGCUGGAGAUGCUACCAGUCCAGGGACCGGCCAGUGCUCGCGCAGCGGCGUCUGCAAGUGCCCGGACUCUCCAUGCGCCGGCUGCUUUUGCUAUAACACUGAUGGAGUCAAGUUAGAAUGUUGCCCGCCCCGGCCUGGAAUAGCCGAGACCGGAUCUGCGCAUGCCCGCUAGACGACACAGUGUUAAACAAAUGUGGGACUGGGUGUAGCGUGGGUAAAGCAUGGGUGGGCAUGGGUAUGCAUCACGGUGUGCAUAAACUUUAUUGCAGGCAUGGGCCUGCACGUCAGGAGUUGUACUGGGUAUUGCUGGCCAUCUUGCUGCACUGGGGUGGUCGGCAGGCAGGGAAUCUCGGGCAUAGGCACGCGAUCCGUCAAUAACCAAGCAGUUGCCGCCACCUGCUGCUCUUUCUUGAUGCGAAGAGAUGUGGGUGCGGACUCACCAGGGGUGACGCGGGCGCUGCAGUUGACGGUCGCUUUUCGUAAAACCAACAUUGUUUGUGCUCAGGUCCGUGUGCACGCUGUAGCCUGCUGGUAUUGGAUUACCAAUUGCCGGCUUUGUGAUGUAGGGUUAGUGUGGGGGUCGAUACAUAAGAACUGCAAAUGGCAAUUGUACGGUGGUAUGAGUUUUGGGAGAUGGAGUAUUGCAGCUCCUGCAUAUGAUGCAUGCAUAAUGUUCAUCUGAUGGGGGGUUGCAGACGCUUAGGUAAAGCCUGCCCUGGCGGAAGCCUUGCCUUCGGGUGAACAGGCACCUGUGGGCAUACCGGGCACCAUGAAGAAAAUGAGGAUACUGUAUGAAGGAGCGUUCAAAGUUAUGCCUGCAUGGCUGUCGCUCUAGGGGGGCCCAAUACUGCGUACUUACUGGCACAUAACAGCUUGCUUGUGCCAUCGUACUAUCGGUGCAAGCUCGCUAAGUCGCCACGGCACUAAAUGGAAACUUGCUGUCCGUCACGAGUGCAAAACUAAGCAAGUUUCUGUCUCGUGGCGGACAUUGUUAGUGAGAAUGGGUGUGGCAUGGGAGUAGGGUGGCAUGCCUUCGUACUACAUACAAUACUGCAGCCUCCACGGUAACACGUCAGGCUUUGAAGCCCUGAUAGCCGGCUAACGCACGCCGCCGUCCUUGCCGCAUUGGUGUGCCAUUAUACAACUGCAGUUUGAUAUGGGGCGCGGUCCGCGUACUGCUGUUUGAUGAAAGCAGCGGUUCGUGAUGAAUUGAGCAUGCCUGAAUCCAUCUGCGCGUGUGACUUGUUGCACGUCCGAGUUGUGAUGUCCUUCGGGGACAGACCGGUGCGACACACGUGGACGCGGUGAUGUGGCAUCAUGUGCAUUGUGUCACGGCACGCAUUCUAUUGCCUGGCUGAAGUGGGAAGUAAUGUAGUCGACGGCAUGCGGGCCUGUGUUGCAGGCUUCAGAUUGAGUGAUGGAUCAGCUGUGAUGGUUCUGGACAGCAGGCCACGAGUGGAAACCGGUGUGCGUCACAAAACUUGGCCGUGCGGACACCGCACGGCGCCUGGGUGGUUCCACAUGAUGAAUCAUAGGGUGAAGAUAGGGCGGGGGGCAUUCAAUGGUACUGCCGGACAAGGGCGAGAACUAGCAGCGCACCGCUGUCGCCGAGGCCAAGGUCCCGGCGACCAAGAAGCGGCGUGCCAAUGUUUGAACUUGCAGUUGAGUUUGAACGCCCACUUGAAGUUGAAGAUGUUUGAUUUUGGGGCGUGAGUGCCGCCUCACCCCGGUUAGUGCACGUGCUUGAGUGCUGUGCCGCAUCAGGGUGUAAUUGAGACGCACA